AACUGCUGAUCGGACGUUUACACAGGCGUAUAGAUCCUUCAUAUUUUCCUGGAAGAAGAGGAUACGAAGAGGCACGUUUCACGCGCUACUAAACAUUCUCCGAAUAGGCGAAGGCCAGUAAAGUUCAAGUGUGAAGAAUUAAAGAAGAACAGAUUGUAUAUAUAAAACGAGUCGAGCGGCAUGCAACGUUCCCAGUCCGCCCGCUUCUCGCACACGCUCCGCGGCAGCGGUCCGUUAACGUGGAUCGUCUUCUACACGAAUAAAACAGAAGAUGAUCAUUUCAUGAUGAAUAGAUCUACAAGAAUUGGAGUUGUAGCCUACGGAUCACUGUUAACUGUGAUUACAGCCUUACUUCACCUAAUAUUACUAGGUUUACUGAUUGCUUCCAUAAGGCUAAGAACUUGGAAAGCGUCUCAUUGGCUUAUUGUACAAUGGAGUAUUUCCACUCUCUCUUUAGGUUUGGCAACUUUUCCUCUUACAGUCACUAUUGAAAGUACAGAGAAAUGGCCAUUAUCUGAUUAUGCUUGUCGCGGGUGGCUAAUUGCAAAAGUGAGCCUACAAGCUAUUAGCAUGUGGACCUUAGUGGCGAUUACGGUUGAUAAAUGCGUAUACGCUGUUCAACCGUUAUCCUAUCCGAAACGAAUAACUGGAUGGAAAAUUGGAAUUUUAUCAUUUACAUCCUUGUUCUUUGGUGUUUUGGGAGCCGUGCCUACUAUGCUAAAUAUGGGAUUGGAAGAGUCGGUUUUAGUUGAGGUGUGCGCCUUAAGAAUGACCAAAGUUCACGCUCUUGCUACUGCUGGCCUAGUCUACAUUAUACCGGGCGUUGGUAGUUUACUCGGAUGCGUUUCUGCCGUCUGUUUAUUUACUCGAGCAAGAAGAUAUCCUCCUGAACAAUGCUGUCAUCAUAGAUCCUCACCUUGCGACAAAGAUCGUUGUUGGUUGGAUGUUCUAAGUAAUGAACUAAGGCUGGUUCGUCAUUCUGUUUGCGUAAUAGCAUCGGUAUGCGCAGUCUACGUACUCUUAUGGUCGCCUUUCUACAUUUUCUAUGUAUGGAUACCAUUCUGUGAGGGACAUUGUUUAAAUCCGAUAGCAUGGUGUACAAUGCGAUGGAUAGGACAUUCAGCAGCAGCUGUUGCAACGGGAUUUUGGUUCAUGGAUUCGAGUGUUAGACAGACGAUUUCAGCUUUGAAAUCUUCUAGCAAAGGACACUACGCCGCUACAGCCUCGGAGGAUUAUAGUGAAAUCGAUCAACCCUUUGUUGCAAAAAUAAGAUCUACGGUCACUUUAAGCGGUCGUCAAUCCAGCCCUCUACUUUUUUCGUCGGCAGCCGCUCACCAGUCAAUUUCAUCUGACGGCUCGUGGAGAAAUACACCGCCUAAACAGAACGGACCAUCAAAUAUUCGAUUAGGAAUUUCUGGCUUGGGAGAUGUCAAAUUCUGAAACUAUAAAAUGAAAAGACAGUUUAAGAGAGAUAGAAUGAAAGAUAUGAAGGAACAGUCUUUAACUAUUUGAAGGGAAAAAAGAAAAAAAAGUUAAAAUGAGGCAAGAAGCGAGGGAAGAUUUCCUCCUUUUGUAAAGUAAAUAGUGUAUAUAGACUCUUGAAUUUACAAGUAUUGACUAAUAUUGUAAGUGUAUAAGUCUAUAAGACAAAUGUAAGCAUAAAUUUUGUAUAUAGUCUCAUAAGAGUACGCGUAUUCUUAGAUAGCAAUAUCACAGUUCGGAAGUGACUCUGUUUGAAAGUAUUUACUUUCUUACAAAACAUCUAGACGCUUCUAUUCGUUGUGCAUAUGUUUCAAGCUAUAAAUCUGACUAUAUUGGUUAAGACACCAACUAAUUUAUCAUCCUAUCUAAACAACUGUGAAAUAAAUGUUUCUAUAUAUGUUCGUCUUAUACAGUAUAUCUGAUAUUGAAGAUAAUCAAUUUAAUAGUUUUGAUAAAUAUAUUCUGAAAGUUUUUGGAAUAUAUUGAUUACGCAGCUAUUCUAGUAUUUAUUUUUCUUAUAGCAGAUAUGAAAGUAUAGAGUGAAAUAGUUCUUGCAUCACUGAUAUUACUGUCUAUUUAUUCUACUUAUGUAUCUAGAUCACGUAGUGAUGCCUAGUUUAAACAUUAUAGAUCAGAUAUAAUGUCAAAUGCAAUAUUGAAAGUCUAGUACUAAUACGAUUUAUCGAUUUCAACUUCAUUUAACAUACUGAUGCUAUUUUUAUAUAAAAAAAAACGCGUAUCUUUGUUUAUUCAGGUACAAAUCGUUGUUAUAUACAAUUCAUUUCUCUCUUUUAAUCAUUACUUCUUUUUCUACUGUUACACUUACUGCACUGCUAAAAUAGUAAAGCAAAUUAGUACUGUUUCCAUAGGCAUAUAAAGGGUCUAUAAAUUCUAUCUCAAAGAAAAAUACUAUUGAUUUGUAAGCAAAAUGAGGAAAGAUCACACUCAUAUAUAUAUAUAUAUAUAUAGUAUAUAAAUUCGG